AUGGACCCGCCGAGGAUGGACCCGCCGGGGCCGGCGCAGGGCCAGCACCAGCACGAGCCCAUCAGCUUCGGCAUCGACCAGAUCCUCAACAGCCCCGAGCAGGACAGCGCUCCCCCGCCGCCGCCCCCCCGGGGCCCCGACGGCGCGACCUUCCUGGGCGGCCCCGGCGGCCGCGGCGGCGCUCCCUACCCGGCCCUGCCGGCCCCCUUCCCGGCCAUCGCCGCGCCCUUCGAGGACUCGGGAUCGUACAGUGUGAACCUCAGCCUGGCCCCGGCCGGCGUGAUCCGGGUGCCGGCGCACAGGCCUAUCCCCGGGGCCGUGCCGCCGCCCAUCUCCAGCGCCAUCCCGGCCAUGCCCGCCGUGCCCAGCCUGGGCAGCCUCAACUUCCCCUGGAUGGAGAGCAGCAGGCGCUUCGUCAAGGACAGGUUCACAGCGGCCGCGGCGCUGACGCCCUUCACGGUGACACGGCGGAUCGGGCAUCCCUACCAGAACCGGACUCCGCCGAAGCGCAAGAAACCGCGGACAUCCUUCUCCCGGGUGCAGAUCUGCGAGCUGGAGAAGCGCUUCCAUAGGCAGAAGUACCUGGCCUCGGCCGAGCGCGCUGCCCUCGCCAAGUCCCUCAAGAUGACGGACGCCCAGGUGAAGACCUGGUUCCAGAACCGGCGCACCAAGUGGCGGCGGCAGACGGCGGAGGAGCGGGAGGCCGAGCGGCAGCAGGCGAGCCGGCUGAUGCUGCAGCUGCAGCACGACGCCUUCCAGAAGUCGCUGAACGAGUCGAUCCAGCCCGACCCGCUGUGCCUGCACAACUCGUCGCUGUUCGCGCUGCAGAACCUGCAGCCCUGGGAGGAGGAGAGCGCCAAGAUCCCUCCGGUGACCUCCCUGGUGUGA